AUGGACGCAUUUGAGCAGAUGGAGUUGCAGAGGCAACGCGAGGCUCGGCAGAGAAUAGUGGAACGUUUCCUCCGGCUGAUCCUGGUGGGAUUUGUUUUGGAUGCUUUGAAAGGCUCAGGAGAGGAUAGCACCAAGGAGGAUAAGAAAAAGAAAGGUAACAGUAAGAGCUCGGCCGGGUCCGAGGGUCUGAGCGUGAAGUCCAUCAAAGAGAAGGCCAACACGUAUGGUGGGCCAGCCGUGAUGUUUGCCUUUAUCGUUGCAAUGCUAGCAAUUCGUGCAGCUGAGGAAGGCUACCAUCCUGCUGACCAUGAUGAGCAUGAGUUCAACUACUACGAGGUCAUGGGCUUGACCAAAGGAGUAGAUCAGAUGGAGAUCCGCAAAGCGUACAAGGCGCUUGCCCUCAAGUAUCAUCCUGACAAGAAUCCUGACUGCUCAGAGUGUGCUGAGAAGUUUGGGAAGAUCUCCAAGGCAUAUGUCUGGCCCCAAGGAUUGCCAGCAGGCUGUGAUCACAUGUGUCCACCCAUGGAUGUUUUAAGGACACUUUGUCAAACCCAGAGGCACGAAAGGUUCCCCACCGCUGCCCAACUUCUCUCUUUUUUCGACUUGUUUGGCGCUGUUUGGUUGCUGAGAUGA